AGCCAGCUCUGGCAGGGGCCCUUGUGGCGGGGGCCGGCAGUGUGGGAGAGACGGACCCCUUUAAGAGGCAGCAGGCGGGGACCCCGGCAGAGCAGUCUAAGCGGCCUCGGCUUGAAGUGGGUCACCAGGGGGCAGUUUUCCAGCACCCGGGGGCGAAUGCAGGGGUUCCUCUUCAGCAGCUAAUGCCGACAGCUCAAGGAGGAAUGCCUCCUGCCCCCCAGGCCGCUCAGCUCGCCGGACAGAAGCCAAGCCAGCAGCAGUACGACCCGUCCACGGGGCCCCCGGUGCAGAAUGCCGCCAGCCUGCACACCCCGCCGCCGCAGCUCCCCGGCAGGCUGCCCCCGGCCGGCCUCCCCACCGCCCCCCUGCCGCCAGCACUGCACUUCCCUCAGCAGCCGCAGGUGGUGGAGCCUCAUGCGCAGCUCCAGGUCCCGGCGAAGACGCAGCAGCCAAGUGCCCCUGUCCCCGUGCCCCCACCCAGCCAGCUGCCCGCUCCGCCGCCGCAGCCCAUGCCGCAGGCCCUGCACGCGCCGAUGCCUGGGAAGGCGCAGAUGCAGGCCGCUCAGCUCUCGUCCCAGCCGCAGACGGUGGCGUCGACAAGAGCCCCCGUGGACCCUGCCCAGCCCUGUCAGCGUCCCCCGCCAGCGGCCUCUUCUACCUCGUCCGCAGCUCCUGCCGGCGGCUCAGGCCCGUCACCCGCACGGGUCUCCGCAGGGAAUAGACCCUCCUCGGCAGCCAGCAAGUCACUGUCUCCGGUUACCUCCCGGUCCCCGGGGGCAGCCGUGUCAGCACCCCCAAAACCACAGAGCCCAGCUCAGAAUGCCGCUCCGCCCCAAGACAGCUCUCAGGAUAAGGUGGCAGAACAAAUAGCGUUGGAAAACCAGAUCCAUCAGCGAAUAGCAGAUUUGAGGAAAGAAGGCCUGUGGUCCCUCAGGCGGUUGCCCAAACUGCAGGAGGCCCCGCGCCCCAAAUCGCACUGGGACUACCUGCUGGAGGAGAUGCAGUGGAUGGCCACAGACUUUGCCCAGGAGAGGAGGUGGAAGAUGGCCGCGGCCAGGAAGCUCAUCAGGACCGCGGUGCGCCACCACGAGGAAAAGAAGCUUCGUGAGGAGAGGGGAAGGAAAGAGGAGCAGAACCGACUGAGACGAAUCGCUGCCUCAACCGCCAGAGAAAUAGAGUGUUUUUGGUCAAAUAUUGAACAGGUUGUGGAGAUAAAACUACAAGUAGAACUGGAAGAAAAAAGGAAAAAGGCCCUAACCUUACAGAAGGUUCCCAGGAGAGGAAAAGAGUCGAGGCCUAAGGGGCUUGAUGCGUUGCCAGAAGCUUUCCUGGAGUCGGGGUUGUCUGGAAGGAAGAGGAAAGCUAGCACGUCUCUGACUGAUGACGAAGUGGAAGACGAGGAGGAGACCAUAGAGGAGGAAGAAGCUAACGAGGGGGCCGUGGACCACCAGGCAGAGCUGUCCAACUUAGCCAAAGAAGCUGAAUUGCCCCUAAUCGAUUUGAUGAAGUUGUACGAAGGAGCUUUUCUGCCCAGUUUCCAGUGGCCGCAACCUAAGCCUGACAGUGAGGAGGCGAGUGAAGAAGAAGAUGUGGAAGACGCCCCGGGUGAUCGAGAGAGCCGGAAGGAUGUGGUUCUCAUAGAAUCGCUGUUCAUCAUGGACCAAUUCAAAGCUGCAGAGAGAAUGACUAUUGGGAACCCUCAUACAAAGGACAUCGCGGAGGUGACCGCUGUGGCCGAAGCUGUCCUGCCCAAGGGCAGUGCCCGGGUCAGCCCCACGGUGAAAUUGAAUGCCCCAUCACUGUUGUACGGUGCGCUCAGAGAUUACCAGAAGAUUGGCCUGGACUGGCUGGCCAAGCUCUACCGGAAGAACCUCAAUGGCAUAUUGGCAGAUGAAGCUGGGCUUGGUAAAACAGUGCAGAUCAUUGCUUUUUUUGCCCACCUAGCUUGCAAUGAAGGUAACUGGGGCCCUCAUCUUGUGGUUGUGAGAGGCUGUAACAUCCUCAAAUGGGAGCUCGAGCUGAAGCGUUGGUGCCCUGGGCUCAAAACCCUCUUAUAUGUUGGCAGCCACAGAGAACUGAAAGCCAAGAGACAGGAGUGGACGGAGCCCAACAGCUUCAACGUGUGCAUCGCGCCCUACAAGCAGUUCUUCCGGGGCUACGCGGCCUUCGCGCGCGUGCGGUGGCGCUGCCUGGUCAUCGACGAGAUGCAGCGUGUCCGCGGCAUGACCGAGAGGCACUGGGAGGCCGUGUUCUCCCUGAGGAGCCAGCAGCGCCUGCUCCUGAUCGACGCGCCCCUGCACAACACCUUCCUGGAGCUCUGGACCAUGGUGCACUUCCUCAUCCCCGGCAUCUCCAGGCCCUACCUGCACCUGCCCCUGAAGGCCCCGAACGACGAGAACCAGGACUACUACCACAAAGUGGUCAUCCGGCUGCACCGGGUGACACAGCCCUUUAUCUUGAGGAGGACUAAGAGAGACGUGGAGAAGCAGCUGACGAAGAAGUACGAGCACGUGCUGAAAUGCCGCCUGUCGAGUCGGCAGAAGGCCUUGUAUGAGGACGUGAUCCUGCAGCCCGGAACGCAGGAGGCGCUGAAGAGCGGGCACUUUGUGGACGUGCUGAGCAUCCUGCUGCGGCUGCAGAGGAUCUGUAACCACCCUGGGCUGGUGGAGCCCCGGCUCCCGGAGUCGUCCUACACGGCGGGGCCGCUGCAAUACCGCUCUGCCUCCCUCAUCCUCAAGGCGCUCGACGGAGACUCCUGGAAGGAAACAGAUCUCUCUAUAUUUGAUCUUAUCGGCUUAGAGAAUAAAAUGACUCGCCACGAAGCAGAAUUGCUGUGUAAGAAGAAGGUGACACGGAAACUCAUGGACGAACUGUUCACGGCGCCAGCCCCAUCGGGCAGGCCGGCGGCCCUGAGACUGAAGCCCAGCAGGUUGUUUCAGCCCGUGCAGUACGGACAGAAGCCCGAGGGUCGCACCGUGGCUUUCCCCAGCACACACCCGGCCCGGACAGCAGCCUCUGCCACAGCCGCCGCCACUCCGCAGGGCCACGUGCGAGGACGGCCACCGAUUGCCACGUUCUCUGCAAAUCCAGAUGCAAAAGUGGCGGCAGCCCCGUUUCAGACCUCCCAGGCCUCCACCGGCGCUCCCGCUCCGAGACAGCCGCCCGCCUCGACCUCCAGCGCAGCACCUAGCCCAGCCCAUCCUGCGAAACCGCGGGCCCCGCCCCCGCCCCCGCCCCAGGCCCCCUCGCACCCGGCGGGGCAGAGCGCGCUGCCUCAGGGGCUGGUGCUCACCUCGCAGGCUCAGGCGCGCCUGCCCAGUGGGGAGGUGGUCAAAAUAGCCCAGCUGGCUUCCCUGGCGGGGCCGCAGAGCCGGGUCGCCCAGCCAGAGACCCCGGUGACGCUGCAGUUCCAGGGGAACAAGUUCACCUUGUCGCACAGCCAGCUUCGGCAGCUCACCGCCGGCCAGCCCCUGCAGCUGCAAGGCAGCGUCCUUCAGAUCGUAUCCGCCCCGGGGCAGUCCUACCUGCGACCGCCGGGCCCCGUGGUGAUGCAGACCAUGUCUCAGGCGGGCGCCCUCAACGCCCUGGGAAGCAAGCCCCCGGCCGGCGGCCCAGGCCCGGCCCCUGUGACGGCGCCAGGUAGAGUGUCCUGA